CAAGCCCUGGGGUCGGGUCGUUCGCUUCAAACGUCGUGGCCUUGCGCCAGCCUCUGGUGCUCCCCCGGAAUUUUGAACUCUUACUUGUCUUCCCAACCAGGAACGCUUCUUUUCACCACUUUUCCAAAUUCCAAAGUUCGAAAAGAGAUUGAACGGAUAUGCCGCGUGCAACCAGAGAAACAGAGAUUUAUAGGCGGGAUGCCAAACUCAACCACAACCUGCUCACCCCAGCAGAGCGAGAGAAGCUCAUAAAGCCAUACCUGCCCACCCUACCAACAAAGUCAACAUCAAAACGAAACAAGAAUGGAAAUAUCCCCGCCAUCCGAAUUGAGCAGCCUACAGGUUCAAGACUAGGAGUCCGGAAGUUCCUCCGAGCACAGCUUCACAUUCUUCUUUACGCCAUUGUUCACACCAUCUUCUCUGUCUAUAUACGAAUACGACUUGCAUAUCAUGCUGUGAAGGACAGAAUACUGGCUAUUCUCUAUUAUCAUCAUCGGACGCCCGAGCUCAUUCAGAAAGAUGUGAAAGGACUCAGUCGACUACCCGAGCACCUUAGUGUCAUACUGAAAUUAGAGGACGGAGGUAGAGGGGGGGCUGGCUUGGAAGCACUUGUGGACGAAGUUGCGGAAAUAUCGGCUUGGUGUGCUUGCGUAGGGAUUCCAAUGCUGUCAAUAUACGAGAAGACAGGUAUUCUGAAAAGCUAUGUUCCUGCUACGCAUAGAGCUGUUUCGAGGAAGCUGUCUUCUUAUUUCGGCCCACAACAACCCGCUCUAUCAUUACGAGCACCUCAUGUUCCCUCGAUGGAGUCCUCAUCACCGACUUCAUCAUCUGAGAGUCGAAGAUCAGGUGUCCAACACUUAUCAGUCCUCUUGCUCUCGGCGGAGGAUGGAAGAGACUCAUUGGUCGACCUGACAAAGACCUUGGCAGAAAUGUCACAACGAUCAAAACUCUUACCAAAUGAUAUCAACGUAGACUUAGUCGACGCCGAGAUUUCAGAAAGCAUCAUGGGUGAGCCAGAUCUGCUGGUACUUUUCGGACCUUCUGUCGAGCUGUCUGGCUAUCCACCCUGGCAGGUCCGGUUGACUGAGAUCUUUCACGUGCAGGAUAAUCAAGGAGUUGGUUAUCAAGUAUUUUUGAGAGCUCUAUACAACUACGCUAAUGCUCAAAUGAGGUUUGGACGAUAGAUCAUGUG